AAACCACACCUUGUACACGGAAAAGAGGAGGAGAAUUAUAAGAGCCAUCACAGUUAAAAACAGGACUGUUUGGUAAGAGUGUCCAGUGUGAUUGAAAUGAAAAUGAGGUGCUGUGUUUUUCUCUUUCUGCUCCUGCAGGUUUUAGGAGGUUUAGGCUUCCCUCUGUUUGAGCUCAGUUCAAAAGCAGAUGAUGCUCUGCAGAUGGCGCUCACUCAGAUUAAUGCACGCAUUGCCAGGAAUCACCUCUACAGAGUGUCCAAGGCAUCCGUAAAGAGGAUUGUUCCUCUGGGAACGAACACAUUUGAUCUGCAUCUGAGGUUUGGCAUCAGGGAGACGGAGUGUCAGAAGAGCUCUGGGGUCGAUCCUCAGGGCUGCAUGUACCGCAAAGGUUUUUUUGCGUUAGAGGCAGGGUGCUAUGUCAGAGCCAGAGUGAGUGAGGACGGCACUCGUAUCAUCUCUCUCAGAUGCACAAAGGCCGACAGCUCGAGCUCGAGCUCUGAGUCCAGUGAGGAGGGUGGGUUAGGAUUACACUACGAUUUAAAUCAUUUUGGGACUCGAGACCGCACACAUUCAACUUCAGCACCAAGCAUUAUUAUGGCUCCACCAAUACGUACGGACCGUCAUGACAACACUGAAACCAACCAUGUUCGUGGAGACAAUUUCGACAAUCACCUGCCAUAUCACUGACCUGCUGGAUGAAAUCAUAUGAAGACUCUUCAUACAAAAAUUAUGGUGCUACAAACAAAGCUAAUAAAAAGACUACUGUACUAAGGGCCAAUAAAGGCAGCCUCCACUGAAACAUGAAACAAGAUUAUUCAUUGUUUGAGAUAUGAAUAUGAAUGCCUUCUGGCAUUAACCUCCACAAGAAACCCAAUAAAAACAGAAACAUGGAUGAUAUCAACAUGUAUAAUUUCAUUUAAAAUUACACAUUUUGCAGAGGGAUAUGCAGAGCAUGAUGUUCAUUGACCUUUGAUGGAUCAUGACCGGAUACUUUAAUAAUUUAAUAUUAACUUCAGUUAGUCACUUCUCAACAACCUGAAAAGUUUCAUGAUAUUGUAAAUACAUUCAAUAAACAAAUUCUUCAAAUAUUAAA